AUGUCAUCAUUUUCCAGACUCGUCCGUUUCCUUGCAAAGGACGGCAGGACAUACUACGGCGAUGCUAUCCUCCCCAAGGGAGUCACAGAUAUAGCGGAGGCAACACAAGCCAGAGUUAUCCGUGGUCCUAUCUUCGGAAAACACGAUGUCACGGAUCAAGUUGCUGAUAUUCGACUCUUGCUUGCCCCGCUAGCGCUGGAAGAUGUCAAGACUGUGCGAUGUUUGGGUCUCAACUAUGAGCAACAUGCUAAGGAGUCCAACAUGCCCAUUCCCAAAUUCCCCAUCCUCUUCUACAAACCCAUAACCUCACUCGCCGGGCCCACAGACCCCAUCCCCAUUCAUCCUCUCGCACAGCAAGGCUCCGGUCUAGACUACGAGUGUGAACUUGUCGCCAUCAUAGGCAAGCCCUGCUCUGACGUCCCCGAGUCCUCAGCCCUCGACUACGUCCUGGGCUAUUCGAUCGGCAACGAUGUGUCGCACCGCGACUGGCAGAUCAAGCACGGUGGCGGGCAAUGGUCUCUCGGCAAAGGCUUCGACGGGUGGGCGCCCUACGGCCCUGGUAUUGUGUCCAAGAACCUGAUCCCAGACCCCCAAAACCUCCGCAUUUCUACCAAAGUCAAUGGCCAGACAGUACAGGACAACAACACGCGCGACAUGAUCUUUGGCGUGGCGAAGACUAUUGCUUUUCUGUCUCAGGGGACGACGUUAUUGCCAGGUGAUUUGAUCUUUACCGGCACGCCGCAGGGAGUAGGCAUGGGGAUGAAGCCGCAGAAGUGGCUGAGGGAUGGUGAUGUGGUGGAGGUCGCGCUGGAGGGCGUGGGGACUUGUGUUAACAAAGUUGAGUUUACGAAGGAGAAGCCGAAGCUGUUUAAUCCAGAACUUGAACUUUCCUACCUGCGCAUGUCUGCUGCUAUUCUCGGCUGUCAAACAGGCACCGCUGAGGGCGCGUCCAUAAAGACCUCCAGCACAGUCGCAAUGCUUCCUAGUCGAAGCUUGCAAUCCUGCCGGCAGCACCCAGAGAAGGAUACAAUGGCAUCGAACGCUGCCCGUGACCAGCUAGGUGCUCCGUUACCCAGUACAGGGCCGAGAAGAGCAGGCUGGACUUCCACAGGCCCGCCGCUCACUCAGCAUGUAUCUCUUUCUGUCCUCAAGAACCCAGCAACUGGGGAAAUCAUCGCUGCUGGAAGAACCUUCCCGCUCGGACUAGUCUUCAACUGGUGCUGUUACAGACACAUAAACGAAGUUUUGACAUCGAAUGCCCACUUCCACGAGCAGAUGCUUUUCCCGUCCAGCCAUUUCCGAGUCGAUCACUCCAGAUCUCGCUACGAGCACAACCUUCCAGGCCCCCCUACCCUCCUGAUCAGCAAGCAACCGAGGACAUCCCAAAAAGAGGUUCUCGAAUUUCAGCAGCAUCACACCAACAGUCUACGGCACCCCAUCAACGCUCACCCAACUGAGACACUCCUCCACCCCCUCCAUACCACUCCCACUCUCAAAUACGGCUUUGAGUUCUCACUUCCGUGUCCUCGCUUCCAAGCCGUGAGCUAUACCAGCAGGAUAUAA